AGCGCGACGAGACUGCCCGCGAGCACCCGUACUCGCGCGAAAUUUGGAGCUCGAUUGAAUCCCCGGUCCGUCUUUCUGCCUCCGUCGUUGAAAUCUCCCGGCUAGAAUGCGACGGGGACUCGCCUCCGUCCUGUCGCUUGUGGUUUCGGCGCUAUGUCUGACAGCAGACGAGAUCGAGGCCCAGAGAAGCGGCUGGAACCUAAAUCCCAAUACACAGUAUCACAUUCAAACCGAUGAGGGCCCGGAGAGAUUUUUUCGCUUUCAAACAUCAAACGGUCAAUACAGAAAAGAGAAGAGAUUGGCCGAUGGCACGGUAAUUGGCACCGAAGGUUGGCUGGACCCUCUCGGAUAUUUACGACUGAAGGAUUACAUUGCAGACCACGAGGGAUUCCGAAUAUUAAGGUCAAAAAUGGUUUACGUGGGUAAGGAUCGACCUAUUCAGGACGCGGUGGCGGAAACAAAGAAGGUUCCAGCGCAGACUGGAGUUUUGGCAAGACCCAGAAGGCCGCCUAAUCCUUUCAGGCGACCAGAUCCUAACGCCGUCGUGCCGCUGUCCGGCAACGACAUCACUUCCGGUUAUUACACUCCGACGACUAUUCGACCUCGACCGAUUUCGAGAAACAAUUAUUAUUCAAGUCGGUCAGGCUAUCCUUCAUCUGGACUCCAGAGUCUGGAUGGUUUUCAUCGACCACAGGUUGCGUACUACCGCGGAUCUGCAAUUCGACCGCCAACUCAAAUUCUCGAAGCUCCCUACGAUUCUGCUAUCGGAGGUUCCUCCAUCCGGCCAAGCUAUCAGUUGCCCAUUUCUCGAAACGACCCGGGUGAUUUGCCGCCGUACGACGGCACUCACACAACGGCGAACGGUUUCCAGUAUUACUUGAGGAGGCAGUAUCACGAGGAGGAAAGGGAGCCCGAAGGUAACAACGUCGGCUCUUUCGGUUAUAUCGAUCCGUUCGGCAUUAGACGGGUGAUUUAUUACAAGACGGAUCCGUUCACCGGCGGAUUCCUCCACAAGAAGAACAAUCGAUACGUCGGCUUCAACGCGACGCCGUACGAUCCGCUUCCGCCCGAUCUGUCCAGGACGCGGCUCUCGAGAGCCCCCCCAACGAGCGCUUCGUAACAGUUCCGUCGUUGUUCAUCGCUUUGCCACGUUGUAGCAUCACGUUUUAUCGCGAAGAGCUCAUCAUCCGAUAUCGCGUCGACGCUGGGGAUUUCGCUACGCUGAACGGCCUCGGUUCGAUUCGACGAUCUCGACAGCGAGACCGCUCAUCGGAUCGAGCUGCCGCCUGUUAUCGAUUGUUCUCUUAAGCAAUCUUCGUUGAUCGUGAAUUUUCCGCCCGGGAUGAAACUCCAACGUUCGGAGAAAGGAAGAACAAUAGUGAAUAGAUACGGUCUCGUGAAUAUCGACCGAGAGAUCAAUGCUCUAUGCUUCUCAUGGGGAAAGAUAAAGAUUCCCCGGCAGGGAUUCUCGAUCACCAACGUUGCUUAUAUAAUAUAUAGAUAUAAUAACGUUUCUCGAAGUGCCACGAUUGAUAUUUUUCUGACGUACGACUCCGUUGUGUCAGCAUCGCCAACGGUUCCCAGUAUUAUCCGAGAUGAUAUAACGUUACGUGGAACGUGGGUCGAUUGAAUCAAGAGACGAUCGAAACGCGACGGAUAAGAAGAAGGUUCCAACGGAGAAGAGAUAAGAAAUUAUGCGAGAUUAACACAAUGACUUUUCGUCAUCGAGAACCAAGGCGGCGGCUUCCUGAUUCGUCGUCCUGCCUUUGUUCUUGUUAUUAUCGCGAGCAGAUGAUCGGAUACCGCGAAGAGAUAACGUUAGAUGCCAUGCUGGACUAUAACUCAGUUUUCAGGGAAGCGCGGUGGGACUUCCUUGAAAAAAAAAAGAAAAAAGAAAAUUGUAGAACAAGUCGGACAAUGUUCGCCAAUCUUACCAGUUGCGUCACCGAUCUAUGAAACGUGCGAAGACUCGCGGCCAUUGUCCUCGCGACAUAAAGCUUCUUUCGGUAGUCUUUUUUCACAGAUAGUCAUUUUCACAGGGACACCUUAGAAAGUAUAUUUGUUCUGAUUCGAGAUGCAAUCAAAAUACAUGUACAAUUAUCUCUCUUAAUAAUUUUAGAAAAAUUUUAUUCGAACCGACUGUGUUUAGAUUACCGGAAAUUUUUGCGUUUCUCUGUACUUUUUCCACGAUCUUUUCCGCUUGAUCUGCGAUAAAGAAAAAUCCCACCUGUCGAAUCAAAAAAUAGAACGGCCGGCACUUUGGCGUGAGCGGAUCGGACGUUAACCCUGCAGUGUACUAUUCUUUUUUUAUUAGCGACACUCCACCAGCGAAGUAUCACAGCUUUAUUGGUUACGAAAGCACUGCGUUGAACCGCGUGUGAGGUGCGCUGGUGAUUUAUAUCGUCGCCGAAUCGCGUCUUAAAAAUCUCUAAUGCGAAAAACACAGUGAUUAUGCAAGCAUGCAUUGUUGUACGUUGCAGGGUUAAUUCAGCGUGAGCCGCAAAUCCGGAAAUCUUAAUAGCUUUCUAUCGCCGAUUCUGCUGACGCUAAUAGUAUAGUAGUUUCCUUCCUAGUUUAUAAUGCGCGUCCGCGGAUACUUUUCACGUACUAAUUUCUCGCGGCAUACCGGAAGGCUAUCCGCUCGUGCCAAACAACGAAGGGGGCCACGUUAGCCAUUAGUUAAUCGUUAAGUUAAACCUCGUUACGUCGCGACAAUGGUGCUGAUUGUUAAGUAAAAGCGGAUACACCGCGCACUUUCCGUUCUUUUAUGGCGAUGAGAACCGUGCCGUUACGCUUUGUGCGCCUAAGUCAAUUGCGAUUUUCGGAUUAAAGUUCCCUCCGCGAAUGACACCACAAUUGUCCGCGUCAAGGGAUACAAUUUGUGCGUAAGAAAUAUGCAUUUCAUAUGCUUAACUUAUUUUGCAGACAAAUGUGUGAGAGCGAACGAUCGCUUGCGCGUGGAAUGUUAAACAUGUGAUAUCAGUUUACGCGAAAGCAGCAAAAUAAAACUCUAUUUAACACCGACGUUGUUGUUUCACCAAGAAUAGGUAAAUACAAGAAACAGCCAAAAGUUUAUGGCCACUUUAGUUAUUUUCAUCAAAAAAUUCGAUAUAUCAGUUUUUAAUAUAAAAGUUGUACAGCACGGGAACGUACAACUAUAUGCAUUUGUAUUUGUGACAUAGCUUUGAAUGCUGUCAGUAUUCAAAAUAACAGUUUAACAAUUUUAGUAACAUUUAAUCCGGCAUAAGCAACUUUAAUCGUGCGUAUUUAACAUUUUAAAAUAAAUAAAAAUAAUAUUUGAUACAGUAUUAAAAUUAUUUGUGUGUCGUUAAUGAGUUUUAUAGAGGUUACUGAACUGGUUUUAUUUAGAAAAGCGCCGACAGGCUUUCCAUUGCGACAAACUGAAGAGAAAUUCCUAAGAUAAGCCUGUAUUCAAAUAGCUGAUUUUAAUAAUAUACGUAUAUUCUUUAUAUGGUCAUUUCGAUGAUAAUACAACAUUUUUUAAAAAUUUAUUUAAAAUAUAUAUUUUCGAGAAUUUAUUUUUGUCUUAUACAAAUCUACAAGUCUCACAUAAUUCUUGCCGAAUAAUUAGCAAUUGCCAACGAUUUUAAGCGUUCGUUAUUUAAUUGUAGCAUUGCUUGGAUUGCGAGGGGCAGUAUGUUAUCCCGGUGAUCCCGUAAUCGCAUAAUCGUAACGGCAGUGCGAAGUGCAUCCAGGAGAGCACCGGCAUCCGCUUAUAUCCGAUUAUCAUACCUCAUUCAAAGUUUCACCGGCCUUGACGCGCUACCUCGUGAAAAGUUUCACCGGCCUCGGAGAGUGCGCUCUCUUUCUUUCCUCUCCGAGCACGAAGACUGAUGCCCUUAUAGAUUUGUAUGUACACGAGACUAACAAUAAAGACGCUUCGCUCCGUUAAA